CAGCUCCAGAGCUGUAGCCUACUUAGCAGCGAAUGGCUGUAUUGUCACAGUGUGUAGUUUCAUGGAUGAGGACAGGGACUAUUUCUUCAGUUAUUUCCUCCUUUUUGUCUUUCUUAAUUCUUCACCUCUCCAUUAUUUCAUCACUGUUCUGAUCACAUCCUUUUGCUGAUUUUCAGCCCAGGCAUCAAACCUGAUAUUUGACCUGACAGCAGUCUCACUCUCUCCUGAGUCCUCCCUCAGAUGGGGAGGAUUGCCCGAUAUAAAAUGAUCAGCGUUGGGAUUUGCGGGUUAAGGGCGCUUAGAGCAGGGGUUUUAAUGUCAUGACGUCACAUUAAUUAGCGGCCACUUUGAUCCUUUCAGCCUCUAAGCCGCACUCUGUCCUGUUUACCGUCGGGAUGCGUUAGUGACUCCAUCGGGGACCGUGGAGGAGAAUGCGCGUCUGCACAACCGGAUGCCACUGAUCCAGCCGACCCUGUAGGCCACAGCGCAUCUUCCCUCUCUGCUUUUUUUUAUAUAUAUAAAUUUGCCCGCAGGUGAUGCUUUUGUAAGGAAGACGACUGGAAUACAAAAGUAGAGUUCAAAAUGGCAGACAAGGAUAGUGUGGAGAAAUACCUGGAGAACAACCCACAGUUCGCCAAAGAAUACUUUGAUAAGAAGUUGCGCGCGGAAGCCUUGUCCGCCGCGUUUUCCGCACCUGUCGAUGUCAAAGACACCGCUUCCUUCAAGGAUAUUAACUCGGUGCAAGAGGCCGCCAUCAUCUUCGAGCUGGUCCAGGAGAUGCAGAAAGUGGAUUGCAUGGAGAAGUCCCUUCACAAAGUUUUGCAAAGAGUUGCCAUGAUCAUACAGGCCGACAGGCUCAGUUAUUACAUGUCCCGGUCGAGAAACGGAAUACCUGAGCUCUCCACUUGCCUCUUUGACGUGACUCCAACAUCCAAAUACGAGGCGAACUUGGUCGAUCCGCAGAGUGAAAUUGUGUUUCCAUUAGACAUGGGCGUUGUCGGUUUCACCGCGCAGUCCAAAAAGCCACAGAAUGUCCCUGACAUCACACAGAAUAAAAAGUUCUGUGACUUUGUGGACAAACAGACCGGAUACAAGACCAAAUGCAUGCUCACUUUUCCCAUGAUUGCUGAAAAAGAAUGCAUUGGAGUUGUCAUGGCACUAAACAAAAUAGGAGAAGCUAGUUUCACUCCAGAGGACGAGGCGCUCUUCCACAAGUACAUGAACUUUGCUCAAGUCAUCACCCUGCAGUACCACACAGCCUACAUGUUCAAUGUGGAGUCCAGAAGGAGUCAGGUGCUGCUUUGGUCAGCCAGUAAAGUGUUUGAAGAGUUGACAGACAUUGAGAGACAGUUCCACAAAGCUCUCUACACUGUAAGGAUCUAUCUAAAUUGCGAACGAUACUCAGUUGGCCUGCUGGACAUGACCAAAGAGAAGGAAUUCUAUGAUGAAUGGCCAGUGAAACUGGGAGAUGUGGAACCCUAUAAAGGACCAAAAACACCAGACGGCAGGGAAGUCAUCUUUUACAAGAUCAUUGACUACCUCCUGGAAGGCAAAGAAGAAAUCAAAGUCAUACCUGGUCCACCCGCAGAUCACUGGGCUCUAGUUAGUGGACUACCAACCUACGUUGCAGAAAAUGGCUUUAUUUGCAACAUGAUGAACGUGGCUGCAGAUGACUACUUCACUUUCCAGAAAGAGCCUGUGGAUGAGACGGGUUUUGUCAUCAAGAAUGUCUUGUCGCUGCCCAUUGUCAACAAGAAGGAAGAAAUUGUGGGCAUUGCCACGUUCUUCAACAGAAAAGACGGCAAGCCAUUUGAUGAACAUGAUGAACAGAUCACUGAGGCCCUGACACAGUUCCUGGGAUGGUCGGUGCUAGUUUGUGACACCCACGACAGGCUGAACCGUAUGGAAUGGAGGAAAGACAUCGCUCAGGAGAUGCUCAUGUACCAGACCAGAUGCACAAAAGAUGAGCUGCAGUCCAUUCUGAACACCAAAGAGAAGUUUGACGCAGAACCUGAGGACUGUGACCAGAAAGAGAUGUACAAACUAUUGAGAGCAACCUGCCCGGUGGCCGAUAAUGUCGACGGAGAAAGCCUGUACCUGUUCUCCUUCAGCGACUUCCCCGUUUCAGAGCAUGGCCUCAUCAAGGCCGGCAUUCGCAUGUUCUUUGAGCUUGGAGUUGUGGAAAAGUUCAAAGUUCCCGCCGAGACGCUAACCAGGUGGAUGUACACGGUGAGGAAGGGUUACCGUGACAUCACCUACCACAACUGGAGGCACGGCUUCAACGUAGGCCACACCAUGUUCUGCCUGCUGCAGACAGGGAAGCUGAGGAAGUACUACUCUGAUCUAGAUGCCUUUGCCAUGGUUGCUGCUGCUUUCUGCCAUGAUAUCGACCACAGAGGAACCAACAAUCUCUACCAGACAAAGAGCGCACAUCCUCUGGCCAAACUUCACGGCUCUUCCAUCAUGGAGAGGCACCACUUGGAGUACAGCAAGACGCUCAUGGCUGAAGAGAGCCUGAACAUCUUCUGCAACCUUCAGAAGCGUCAGUUUGAGAACGUGCAACACUUGUUUGAUGUCUGCAUCAUCGCCACUGAUCUGGCCCUUUACUUCAAAAAGAGAACCAUGUUCCAGAACAUUGUGAACGCCACAGAGCCGAUGACAGAUGAGAAGGAGGCCCAGUCCUAUAUUGCCAACAACCCCAUCAGGAAGGAAAUUGUCAUGGCCAUGAUGAUGACAGGUUGUGACCUGUCAGCUAUCACCAAACCCUGGGAGGUACAGAGCAAGGUGGCUCUGAUGGUUGCUGCUGAAUUCUGGGAACAGGGAGAUUUGGAGAGAUCUGUUUUGGACCAACAACCAAUUCCCAUGAUGGACAGAAACUGUGCUGAACAGCUGCCCAAGAUGCAGUGCGGUUUCAUUGACUUUGUGUGCUCAUUUGUAUACAAGGAGUUCUCCAGGUUCCACAAAGAGAUCACACCCAUGUUCGACGGCCUGAACAACAACAGGUCACACUGGAACGAGCUGGCUGAGGUAUACAAUGCAAAGAUGAAGGCCAUCGAGGAUGAGAAGAAGAAACUGGAAGAAGAGGAAGCCAAAAAAGCUGGCGGAGGUGAAGUGGGGAAGUCAAAAACCUGCAUCAUCUGCUAAAUUUCUUUGUUGCUUGGAUCUGGGCGGGUGCAAUCUGGUUACAACUAAUCUAGGGUACUCUAGCCUUUUCCAGUCAGACGAAUCAUCUAGUUGGACCUUGACUAGGCUAGCUUGAUCUGGUCUGAUCUACACCAGUGUAGUUCUUUCUGGUUAGGUGCUUGUCCGCUCUGGUGCUGUCCAACCAGUCCCUGUUUGGUCCAGUCUAGCCUACUUUAGUCUAGUGUAGUUGUGUCUGGUCUGCAGUCCAGUCUGGAUUAGGCCAGCCUAACCAGCAUCCAAGGAGGGAAGAGUCAGAAACAUCAUCGAGAAUAAUGCGGGGACUCUGACUGCAAGAGAAGCCGACUCUGAAGAUGUGAUGUUUUUGAAACUUCCUCCUUCCUCUGCUUCUGACAACACAGCCAUGGACAUUUGAAAGCAAUACAUACAUGGACAACAAUAUUUCCUUUCAGUAUAGCAAUAAUAUAAAUACUGCUGAUGUGUAUGGUUUGAAAGAAUGGUUGGAUAAAUAUAAAAGCUGUAAGCAAAAGUAAAGUUGAAAUACAGAUACUAACAUAGCUGAAAAAGGGUGCUGCAUGUGCUGCAGGUGGGGUUUACACAUGCCAAAGCAAAAGUUUUCAGACAGUGUUCCUAUUGGCAGUCAGUUAGCACACAUUAUCUUGUACUGUAGGUUGCACAAUGCACUUAGCUGCUGCUGUUUUGACGGUGGCAGGCCAUGAAUGGAGGGCAGGCAGGGACAAUAACAACGUAACUUUGUACUUAAUGACAUCAAGCGGAAGAGGUUAAAAAUGAUGCUAAAGUAGCAUGGGUACCACUUAGUGAGUUGAGAAAUGAACUCCUUGAACCUGAAGGAUAUGUUAAUGUCAAAAAAGAAACUUGAAGCCUAGAUACUACAACGAGUGACAAUGCUCAACCAACAAGGGCUGAUGUUCUCUUACCUCAAAAGGCGCUGAUCAGUUGUGUGAGGGUAUAUUUAUUUUGAUAUGCAAUCUAUCUAUUUACAUAUAUAUAUUUUUUGGAUUCUUUAAGAAUUUUGUACUUGAGUCAGGAUGGAGACAAGCUUUGAGAGAGGACGUUCUGAAUCUGUGAGCAAACGCAUGCUAAAAUCACAGAAAAUGUGUUGAAUAUGUGCAACCUGGAAAAAUAACCUAAAAAAUUGUAUUAUAUAUAUAUAUACAUAUAAUAUUUACACCAAUAUUUAGAGCAAACUUACAAUUCCAUAUCAAUUCACAAAAUGUACUUCUUUUAAAUGUACACAAUUUCACAUGUAUAUAGUUUAUGAUAUAGAAAUUGUGAAAUGUAAAUUGUGUAAACUUAUUGUAAGAAUAACUAAAGCAUAAAAUGGAUAUAAAGGAUGUCAAAGUAAGCUUUGCUUCUUUUGUGGAGGCAGGAGUUGCAGUCGGUCAGACAGUAUACAGUAGAUCUACCUCUCCUGUAAGAAGAUUUGAUUGUCAGCCAGCGCUUGAGAUCCGCGCAGCUUUAGACUUUAAAUACCCUUCUUACAGAGUAGGUAAAGCAGGCUACCAAAGCCUUAUCAUAUGUAUGUGCAGACGACGUGUGUUUGUAAUGUGGCAGAUGCAGCUGUAGCAUCAUUGAUCAUAUGACUAUACAGGCCAAAGUCCUCUGCUUCUCUCUUCACUGAUGCAACAGUGAGAUCAAUCGUGCAAUAACUGCUGACUGAAUGAUGUCAACUCAGUCUGAAUAUCCGCCACAAUAGAUCUCAAUGUAAACCUGAACUAAAUUUGAUCUGAUCAGGCAUUUGAGUUGACAGUGCAACCCCUGCCCCCCCCACCCCCCCCUCAAUUUCUGAAACACUUUAAGCAUUGUCCCUCCCCUGGGCAAACUUCUCAACUUCCUGUUACACAAUGUCAUCUCCUCUAAUCAAUGGGGCAUCAAUCAAAGGCACAUAAUCCUAUCAGAAUGGCUUUAGGACUACCUGGCUACACCUUCUCUGCUUCUUGAGGUGAAGUGAGGAGGAGCUGUAGUGAUCACUGCAGUCAGAACUGUGCAAAUACAUUGACUCAAUCACCUCAAAUGAUAUACUUAAAUGAUUUUACCAUGAAUUUACCACAUUGUUAAAAGUCCUGCUGUGCACAUUUUAUAUGAAUGGUGACACCACUAGUUCUGACUUCAGUAAGAAAAAGGGCCCCUUGCUUUGUGAGAUACCAAAUAACGCACUGCAUACUUUUUACUUACCCAUCAACUGUCAUUCAGACAUUAGAAACCUAUUAUCUGACAUAUGAAAUGACCUCUACUGU